CUGAGGACUUUAGGGCGGAGACCGCACUUGUUGGAGCGGGGCGUUCGCCUUUUCCGUUAGCUCGGCCCCCCGCUGAAGGGCUAACUCCGGAGAGUGUUUGCUGUCCUGUCCUGGAACACCACUGGACUUAGAUACAGUGAGUGGGUAAAAGGAAGUUGCUGCAUAGUGACAAGAAGCUCACAAAUUGAAAGGAGAGAAAGCAUCCUGGAAACUUUGCCACUUGUUUAACAGAAGAACAUAUCUCGGGAGCUGUUUGGUAGAUGAAAUUCAUAUCCCAGGCUUAUUGUGAAGACUGAGGUAACCUGAGCGUGAAUAGCACCAUAGACUUACUCAGUAAAUGUCCAUUGCCUUCCACUGUUCAGAGCUGUGAAGAUGGCUGAAAGAAAACAUAUCAUUGCCAGGGCUUCCCUGAUUGAGCAGCUGGUGUCUAAAAGGUAUUUUGAGGAUAUUGCCAAAGAGCUUACUGAGCUUGAAAUGAUUUAUGUGUCUAAGGAGCAUCUCCAGGAGACAGAUAUAGUCAGAGCUGUAUACAGAGUCCUCAAAAACUGUCCCUCGGUGACUUUGAAAAGGAAGGCCAAGUGUCUACUGGCAAAGUGGAGAGCUUUCUAUAAGAGUACACAUUACAAAACAAAGGAAAGCCUUAAAUCACUCCAUUAUAAUGUUAAUAAAGAAGGUACAGCUAGUUCUCAGGAUGUGAGCCAGGAGGAGGAGUUCGUUUCGAGCCAGGAUGAAAUAUCAGGUCUUUGCAAGUCUCUCUCUAGGCUUGUACCCCAUGCUGCUGCUGCUGCUGCUGCUGCUGCUGCUGCUGCUGCUGUUCCUGCUGUUCCUGCUGCUGCAGCAGCAAUUGGGUCUGAAAGUAGCAUCACUGAAAUGGAAAUUAACGAAGAAUAUUUGGGGGGUGGUGACUCUGAAUCCACUAGCAAGAGCUCAGGUGUGUUACAAGAAUCCCUAGUGUCUGUUAGAUCUAAAGGCAUAGAGCUUCUUUACUCGGCAUUAGCUAGUUCUUCUACAGAUUACACAAAAACUCAUUUGUGGCAGAACCUUGCAAGAGAAAUUGAAGAGCACAUUUUUACCCUUCAUUCAAGCAACAUCAAAAAAUACAAAAUUUGUAUUCGAAGCAAAGUUGCCAAUUUGAACAACCCCAAGAAUUCUCAUUUACAACAAAAGUUGCUCUCUGGAACCAUGUCUGCAAGAGAAUUUGCUGAAAUGACUGUCCUGGACAUGGCAAAUGAGGAACUGAAGCAGUUGAGAGCUUCCUACACAGAAUCCAGUAUUCAGGAACAUCACCUUCCCCAAACAGUUGAAGGCACACAGACAAAUAAAAUAAAGUGCAGGCGCUGUGAGAAAUAUAACUGCAAGAUCACUGUAAUUGCAAGAGGAACACUUUUCCUUCCAAGUUGGGUGCAGAAUUCAAAUCCGGAUGAACAAAUGACCUAUGUCAUUUGUAAUGAAUGUGGGGAGCAGUGGUACCAUAGCAACUGGGUGUGCUUGUAAUUUGUAAAUAAUCCCUUCAGGGGUGUGUGUUUUAUGUGUAUAACAUAACCCUUUUGUGUUCAUUUUUUAUAGAAUCUUACUGCUAUUUUGUCUUUGGGAUUUUGGCUUGUGAAAGAUCUUACUAUGCAAGCACAGUUAGCCUCAGUCUCCUCAGAGCUGGAAUUACAGAUAUACACUACCACACCUGGCUUGGUAUACUGUUCUUACUACAGUCCUGGGAAUAAGGAAAGAGAGUUGUUUGCCAAAGUGCAGGCCACCAUUGUUAAAAAGUUGUUUGGGAAAAGUACAAGACUAUCACGUUGUACUUGUGGCCAUUCAGAGUAGCACAGUAGCUCUACACAGCCUGAGAUCAUGUUAGAGAGGCAGACUCUCUGGACUGAUACUCUUUGAAUCCUGAUCUGCAACUUGGUAGAAUCCCCAGGUCAUCCUCUGAUAAAGUUGCAGGCCUGUGGGUUUCAGAAUGACUAUACAUUAGAGUUUUCUUGGGCGCAUUGAAGUAUACUGGUGCUGAGGGCCAAGCCUAGAAUAAUUCAGUCUGAACCUAUGGCGUGGGACCCAGGCAUCAACAUUGCUCUGGUUAUUUCUUAGUUUGCUUUAAGUUGUUGUUAGAGUUGAGAAAUACCUGUAAAUAGUCUCAUUUGAGCCUUUCUAUAGUUCUGAAGAAAUGAAUGAUAUUCUGGAGACUUACAGAUGAGGAAAGAGGCCCAGAGAUCUUCAGUGACUUAACCAGGUUACAUAACUGUAGGUAGUCUGCCUCACACUGAUCCCAAAUUAUAUACCUUCCUUCUGAAGCAAGUGUGAUGGCACAUGUCUGUAAUCCAGAUGCUAGGGAGGAUGAAGCAGGAAGGUUUAUGUGAGUUCAGGGCCAAUUUAGAUUGUAAAGUCCCUGUCUCAAAAAAAUAGUACAAGUACAUUGUGGUGCUUCAAAUACAUAAUCCUAGCAUUGGAGAUGCUGAGGCAGACUCCCAUGGAUGAAGCCAGCCUGGGUUUUGUAGAGAAAGAAUGUCAAAACAAAAAGAUGCACAGUCUGAAUAUGACUUCCUAUUGACUAUGCAAAAAGUGCACUCCUGGAAAUGGGUGCUAAGAAAAUAGUGUUUGGGGCCUCUUAAGUUUACAUGACUAGAGUUUUAUCCUUUUGUCCUUGAUUUUCUCAUUUUUACAAGUCUCUCUCUCCUUUUUUUUUUUUUUUUGAUUUUUCGAGACAGGGUUUCUCUGUGUGUAUCUCUGGCUAUCCUGGCACUCGCUCUGGAGACCAGGCUGGCCUCGAAUUUACAGAGAUCCACCUGCCUCUGCCUCCUGAGUGCUGGGAUUAAAGGCGUGCACCACCCCACCAACGCCCGGCACAAGUCUCUCUUAACCUAUUAAAAGUUGCACUGUGAGUUAGAAUUUGGAUUAGAGCCUGCUUUCUUAGUUAAAUGAGCUGUACAUAUUUCCCUUUGUGUGAGCUUGUCUUUAUCUUCUUUAUUAUACAUAGUUUAUUGAUGUCAGGAAUCUUCAUGUCUUCAAAGGCAUGUGUGUUCACUCCCUCAGCCUUUGAAUUUAUCAACAUUCAUUUACUAACUAACUGAAGUGGAAAUCACUUCUCUAAGGCCUUUGUUUACUGAUUUAUAUGCUUAAACACAACAAGCCUCUUGUUUAAUAUUACUAAUUUUUUUCCUUAAAAAUGAUAUAAUGUUAUUUGGGGUUUUGAUUCUUUAACAUGUAAAUCAAUUUUAUGCAUAAUCCACACAGAAGGUUACCAUGUGGUUAGAUAUGCAUUUUUUCUUUUGUUGUUUGACAGAGUAUCUAUUUUUAUAAACCUGACUCCACUCUGUAGCCUAAGCUAGGCUCGAACUCCUUCUGGCCUCAACCUCUGGAGUGCUGUAAUUUGGGGUAUAAGACACCAUUCAUUGAUUUUAUCAUAUUAAAGAAUUUAUUUCUUAGUUCCAUGUAAACUCACAUGUUUUCAUCAAUUAUAGUGCCCUAAAUCCCCAGUAUUCCUUCAGUGGAAUCUAUAGGCUUUUCUUUAUGUAUAUUUUACCUCUUUAUGACAGUUCCCCCAGUGGGUGCAUAAAACUAGCAGAUAUUUCUAUUUCCUGUGUUUUGAGGCUGUCAAGUCUGAAUUAUAUUUUGUUUUAUUUUCUUCAUUUUGCAUUCCAGUGGUGUUCAUUAUAAUGUAAUGUGUUAGUCCUUUAAACAGAAACUUACAAAGUCAUCAACAACUCAAAAGUUUCACAAAGUGUGGUUUCAUGUGACUUGGAAUGAUCUUAAAACCUAGAUGGUGGUUGUGCAAGAGUGCACACAGCACAUGAAAACCAUGUUUAAUUUGUUCAAGUCAGUGUUGGUAUUUGGGUUUUCUAUGUAUCUGCAUAUAAGUACUAAUAUUGAGAUUUUGUAAUCUACAUUUACCAAAAAUAAAAGUACUUGAACUGGAAAAAUC